UUGAUCACUGCCGUCACAAUGAAGAACAUGCAGCUCGACUUUACCACCAAGAAUCCUUAUGCUCCUCCUGCCAGUUCUACCUUGGUUGAAGCUCAGCUCGACAAUCCUUUCGGUUUCCCUCUUGGUGUCUCGUCCCUGAACAUGAACAUCUCUGCUACCUAUGGUGGCAACGGUGUCGCUGCCCUCAACAUCCCCGACAACAAGGCUACCACUAGUGCUACUGGUGUUGUCUCGACCUCUUUCAGCGAUGUUCCU